UGAAGCCCUAACCAUCAUAGCCUUCCCGCCAUAGCAAUCCCAUUCCUUCCCCAUCGGCAAUCGAAGCAGCGGUUUUGACACUUGCGAGCAGCUCUUUGCUUCCGUCGCUUUCCACUCUCUCAGUUGCUCGCAAGAAUCGAGGAAUCGCCACAGGAAUUCAUAUUAGAUUGGAAGAAGGCAAACAAAUUGGCAAAUUCUGGAACGUUCGUAUGGCUGUGGGAGUUGAGAAGCCUCAAGAAGAAGCUUCCAUUGCUCGCUUCCACAAAAUCGUUCUCAGCUGGGAUUAUUUCCGUCUUCUCAAACACUCCCACAAGAGUAAGAAAGACAUAGAGGAAGGAGAAGAUGAUGGUUUGGGGCUAAAGAAAGUGAAGGACAGGUACAAGGAUGUUGAUGAUUAUAUCUCUACUUUUGAGCCCCUUCUAUUUGAAGAAGUUAAAGCCCAGAUUUCUCAGAAGAAAGAUGACGAUUAUGUGACAGAAUGGAAAAGCAGAGUGGUGGUGGAAUGCAAUGAGAUUAGUGGGUUUCACUUAAUAGUGGUUAAUGCUGCAGAAAAUGAGGAAUCCAUAUCACAAAAUGAUCUUUUGCUUCUUUCAAAAGUCAAGUUUCAAGAGGGUGCAAGACUCCCGACAACAUAUGCAUUUACUUUGGUGGAGAGUGUCCAGAACAAUCGCAUUGUCCUUAGAAUGUUUCUGGAUGGAGAAUUCACACAUGGGAAAACUGAUGUCAUUGAGUCUUCUUCGAGGCUUACAAAUGUGCGGGCCUUGAUUACUUCUACGAAUGAAGCGGACAGACUCUUUUACAGUCUAAAGGUUUGCAGUUUAUCGACUAUUACUCGUGAAUAUGUUGCUCUACAAUCAAUUGGCUCUCUCCCCUUCAAGGAUUUAAUAGUAACAGCAAGUGAAAAAAAGUUUGAUCUGGAAGACCAGGCCUGGAAAAUAUCUACACCCCUAGAGGAAUAUAUAAAAGAAAAUCUUAAUAAAUCUCAAUGGGAUGCUAUACAGGCUGGUCUGUCACGCAAGCCUUUUGUUCUGAUACAGGGUCCUCCAGGAACGGGAAAGACACAAACCAUCCUUGGGCUUCUCAGUGCAAUUUUGCAUGCGACUCCAGCAAGACUGCACUCGAGGCGAGGGUUGCUCAACAAAAAACGCGGGCCGAAAUUAUCCGUUCCGGACAUGUACAAUCAUUGGGGACGAGCUUCUCCAUGGCUUGGUGGGAAUAAUCCGAGAGAUGAUAUAAUGCCUGUUGAUGGUGAUGAUGGUUUCUAUCCAACCACCGGAAACGAGCUGAAACCAGAAGUAGUCAAUUCUUGCCGUAAAUAUCGUGUACGUGUACUAGUAUGUGCCCCUUCGAACUCUGCACUAGAUGAGAUUGUAGUACGAGUUCUAAACAAUGGUGUUCGUGAUGAAAAUGACCGUUCAUAUAAUCCUAAAAUUGUACGGAUCGGUCUUAAGGCACAUCAUUCUGUGCGGGCAGUCUCCAUGGAUAACCUGGUGAAGCAAAAGCAUGAAAGCAUGGAGGUUGAUAAAGAGAGAUGUGGAGGUGCAGGAAAAGAUAGGGACAGUGUUCGUGCUGCAAUUUUGGAGGAGUCUGUAAUCGUCUUCUCCACACUUAGUUUCAGUGGUUCAGCUCUAUUCAGUAAAUGGAAUCGUGGUUUUGACGUUGUUAUAAUUGACGAAGCUGCCCAAGCUGUAGAACCAGCUAUUCUUGUUCCAUUGGCCAAUGGAUGCAAACAAGUAUUUCUGGUUGGCGAUCCUGUUCAACUGCCGGCUACUGUAAUCUCUCCAAUUGCGGAGAAAUUUGGAUAUGGUAGGAGCAUGUUCGAGAGAUUUCAGAGGGCUGGUUAUCCAGUGACCAUGCUCAAGACCCAGUAUCGAAUGCAUCCAGAGAUCAGGAGCUUUCCGUCUGGGGAGUUUUAUGCUGAGUCAUUGGAGGACGGUCCCAACGUCAAAGAUCAGACACGGCGUGACUGGCAUGACUAUCGCUGUUUUGGGCCAUUUUGCUUCUUCAAUUUACUCGAAGGGAAAGAAUCCCAAUCUUCAGGAAGUGGAUCGUGGGUAAACGUUGAUGAGGUCGAGUUUGUUUUCCUUUUGUAUCAGAAAUUGGUGAGCACAUAUCCAGAGCUAAAAUCAAGUCAGCAAUUCGCAAUCAUAUCCCCAUACAGCGCCCAAGUAAAUCUCUAUAAAGAACGUUUUAAGAGUACCUUCGGGGUCGACUCGGAAAAAGUAGUGGAUAUCACUACUGUGGAUGGUUGCCAGGGACGUGAAAAGGACGUCACUAUAUUCUCUUGUGUUAGGGCAAGUGAGAAUAAGGGCAUUGGAUUUGUAUCUGAUUUUCGGCGAAUGAACGUCGGAAUUACAAGAGCAAAGUCUUCUGUCUUGGUGGUCGGUUCUGCAUCGACAUUAAGGAGGGGUGAUGAGCAUUGGAAUAACCUUGUGCAAAGUGCUGAGAAGAGAGAUUGUAUGUUUAAGGUAUCGAAGCCGUACAAUUCGUUUUUCAGCAAUGAGAAUCUAAAUUCCAUGAAAGUGAGGGAUGAAGAGCCUGCGGCAGCCCAGAAUGCCACAGAGAUGGAAGAGAAUGCAGCUGCUGCCUACAAUCCAGGUGACGCCGACCAAGCUCACGGAGAUGACGUAGGUGAUUUUGGAGACGGCGAUGUCGACAUGGAUGAUGGCGGCGGCGGAGGUUUUGAUGAGGACUGAGGACAUAUUCCGAGGCCCCAACUAUUUAACUCUGGCUACGGGUCAACACACAAGAUAAUGUAAAUCAUUCAUUUUUUUUUUUUUUUGAGCAUUUGAAUUGAAAUCAACCACCGUUUUUGUUCUUAUACCCAAAAAGUCAAAAAUUUUGAAAAAAUAAUGUAAAUUUCUUUGAUGCUAGUAAGUACAUGUUUCAAUAAUGCAUGAAAGA